GUGAAAGGAGAUCUGAACUCAAGCCCCGUGACGCCAUCAGGGCGCGUCUGCGGCUGGGAAGCGGCAGGGAAAAUGCUGCAGCUGCUCGCGAGCCGCGGCGAUCUGGUCCUGCUCCGAGACUCGGUGGAGUGGGAGGGCCGGAGCCUGCUGAAGGCUUUGAUUCGGGAGAUCGCCCUGAAAGGAGAGCAAGUGCACGUCCUGGGCUGCGAGGUAAGCGAGGAGGCUUUCCGGGAAGGCUUCGACUCGGACACCAACCGCCGGCUCGUUUACCACGAUGUCUUCAGGGAUCCCCAAGGCUGCGCCGGGAUCGGGGGGCCCCUGGGGGCCCUGAGAGCGUGCUUGAGGGGAGCAGACGCCGGGCCGUGCACCCUGGCCGUGGACUCCCUCAGCUGGCUGCUGCUCCGCGCCCCGUGCAGUGCCCUCUGCCAGGCGCUGCGGGCUCUGGGCCGGGGCCAGCUCCGGGUUCUGGGCCUGCUGCAUGAGGACGUGCACGGGCCGGGGCCCGUGGGCGCCUUGGGGAGCCUGGCCCAGGUGCAGGUGACUGUGGGAGGGAGCGCGGGCGGCGCCGUGGCCCGCGUUCUGCGGCCGAAGCCCCGCCACCGCCCCACCGAGCAGACCCAUUGGUUCUCCGUACUGCCUGACUUCAGCCUGCGCUUCCAUAAGGAACCCUCUUUGGAGGCCCCGCUCCAGCACGCACCCCCGGCGGCCACGGCGGACGCUCUGGCGGGCCUGACCUUUAACAUCCACCUAUCGGAGAAGGAAAAAGAGGCCCGCGAUACGCUCGCCUUGCCCUUCCAUUUCAGUUCUGAGAAACAACAGUCCCUGCUUCGUCCUGCUCCGGCCUCUUCCGCCAGCCAAAUAUUUUAUGAGCCAGAUGCUGAAGACUACCUGGACCAGGAAGAUCCAGACGAUGACCUGGAUGUCUGAUGCUUCAGGAAGGCCUAGACCCGGGGACUGUACCAUAAUCGUAUCUCAGCUUCAUGUAAGCCAGAAAUGGACAGAAUUGCUUUUGAAAAUCCCUCAAGAUGCCCAUUAAACGUAAUAACAGUAUCUUCCAACAGUUGUGACCGGAAAAGGGUUAGGAUCUCUUUUUUAAAAGUCAUUCUAUUAGAGAGAAGG